CGAAUGCGUUCAAGCCUUGAGCCGAACCGACGCCGCCGACGAGAGAAGGAUAUCGAUGGCAAGAGCUUAGCGUAUUCCGGUCGCCCCAAUAAGUAGUCUUGGCAAGGUCUGAUCGCUAACUGAGCGAAAAACUGCGGGAUCCCACGGCGACAGACCUUAGCCAUCACUAACAUUGUUUCGUUCCGAGGCGACCUGGACCCUUGGCCUGUCGAUACGGAGAAAAAGGAAAAUCGAAAAAAAGUGAGAAUCGAGUCGAAAAAUAUAUCGGAAAAAAGACAUGGAGGCAAUUAAGCUCGUCGGAUUCAUCUUGGCCUUGUCCUUGGCUGUUCUAGUUCCGAGCCUCGAGGCUCAUAUCGGGGAGUUCGACGAGUACUGGCAAAAGCGCGCGGAGGAGGCCCAGAAGGACGCUCUCGAGGCAUAUAACCCCGACCCCGAAAACGUCACUGCCCAUUUCAAUUCGCGCGUUCACAGGGUCCUAGAUGGAACCAACAGUACAAGGAGGCAAUUGCACAUGCACAAACACACCGGCCCAUGCAUCGCCACGAACCCGAUCGACCGGUGCUGGCGGUGCAGGAAGAACUGGGCAAAGGAGCGGAAGAGGCUGGCCAAGUGCGUGCUCGGAUUCGGCCGCAAGACCACGGGAGGCAAGAGCGGUAAAUACUACGUCGUCUACGAUCCCUCGGACAACAAUGUGGUCAACCCGAAGCCCGGGACGCUCCGCCACGCCGUGAUCCAGAGGCAGCCACUGUGGAUCAUCUUCUCACGCAGCAUGGUCAUCAGGCUGAACCAGGAGCUGCUGGUGACGAGCCACAAGACAAUAGACGGCCGGGGUGCGAAUGUGCACAUCGCCUACGGUGCCGGCAUCAUGAUCCAGUUCGCCAAGAACGUGAUCAUCCACGGGCUACACAUCCACGACAUCGUCGCAAAGCCUGGGGGCACCAUCAGGGACUCGGUGGACCACCUGGGGUUCAGGACACGGAGCGACGGGGAUGGCAUCUCCAUCUUCGGCUCGACCAACAUCUGGAUCGACCAUGUGUCCAUGGCAAGAUGCCAGGAUGGGCUCAUCGACGCCAUCGAGGGCUCCACUGCCAUCACCAUCUCAAACGGCCACUACACCCACCAUAACGACGUGAUGCUCUUCGGCGCGAGCGACUUGUACCAGGGAGACAAGAUAAUGCAAGUGACAGUCGCGUUCAACCACUUUGGUCGGGGCCUGAUUCAGCGGAUGCCGAGGUGCCGAUGGGGCUUCUUCCACGUCGUCAACAACGACUACACCCAUUGGCUCAUGUACGCCAUCGGGGGCAGCUCGCAGCCCACCAUCAUCUCCCAGGGCAACCGCUUCAUCGCCCCGCCCAACUUGGCCGCUAAGGAGGUGACCAAGAGGGACUAUGCGUCGCCAAACGAGUGGCGCAACUGGACGUGGAGAUCGCAGGGCGAUCUGUUGAUGAACGGGGCCUUCUUCGUGCAGUCGGGGAAGCCGCUGAUGAAGAAGCCGUUCGGGAGGCUGGACAUGAUCAAGGCGAAGCCCGGGACGUUCGUGACUCGGCUCACGCGCAUGUCCGGCGCUCUCAAUUGCAACCCUAACCGCAAGUGCUAAGUUUAGACACUCGGUAAAACAUCACUGUACAAUCGAGUGUUUCGGUUUGGGGGGGCGG